UCAGUUUCAGUUUUUCGUUUGGAAUCUAAAACAACGUUAGCAGCACGAUGGCACCGAAAACCAGCGGAAAGGCCGCGAAGAAAUCCGGCAAGGCCCAGAAGAACAUUGUCAAGGGCGAUAAGAAGAAGAAGAAGCAGCGCAGGAAGGAAAGCUACGCCAUCUACAUCUACAAGGUGUUGAAGCAAGUUCACCCCGACACUGGCGUUUCGUCGAAAGCCAUGAGCAUCAUGAACAGCUUCGUCAACGACAUCUUUGAGCGUAUUGCCGCCGAAGCCUCCCGCCUGGCCCACUACAACAAGCGUUCGACGAUCACAUCCCGCGAAAUCCAAACCGCCGUCCGGCUUCUGCUCCCGGGAGAGUUGGCCAAGCACGCCGUUUCGGAAGGCACCAAGGCCGUCACCAAAUACACCAGCUCCAAGUAA